UAUAGAAAUAACACAGACGAACCUCGAAACAGCGGCGAUGUACUCUCAAAGGAUAGCCGGAUGCACCGCUAUGGCAUCCAUAGCGGGAGUUUUGAUCUGCACUGUUGGUUUCACAGAUGCGUUUUCCGCCAAGCAACAAUCGCCUUUAUUAUCGAGCACACGUUUGGGUCUGAUCCCUCCCCCCGGAUCGGGUUAUGCGGGGCCGGAAGAAGAAAUAGACGUGAUGCCCGAUACGUAUGAACCCAUGAUGGAAUAUCCCGGAACGAUGCGUCCCGGUCGCACUCCCGAAAACAUGCCCUUUCACGAUCUCCCCAUCGGUGACGAUGAUCCAGAUCCGGUGCCAUGGCCCCACUUUCAACAAAUCGAGGUAUGUUUGCACUGCGUUGUGUCGUCUGCAUAUUUUUUAAAUCAAUUCGAUGAUUCUUUGUCUAACCCGAUCUAUAUUCUCAAAUUUACUUAGUGGCAUCACCGAUGGGCACCUCCCCAUCCUCAUCCAACUCCUAUGGAGGAAUUCAUUGAACAGCAAGGCAGAUGGUAAGUUCUCGUUUCGGUUAAUCCGGAGAAAUUGCUUUGGGUUUUGUGGCUCUUUUGUGUUCGAGCAUGUGUCUUUCUAUUCGUAUGCUCAUUGGUUCUCGAAACGUACAACAUCACAGGGCAACACCGGAGAUGGAGGCCGAGAUGAGAACAGGAAGCCGCAGAGCCUCGAGGACACGACGAGAAAUGGAGGAAGAGCAAAAGAGAGACACUCUUAUUAUGGACGAUGAUGAAGACGACGACGACUUUGUCGAUGAUUUCCCACAAGAAUUGGGUGAGGGCAUGUUCGGACAGCUCGGAUCGACGGACGAUGCUAAGAUCACCGCGGAUGCGGUUUCCCCCGAUAGAAUGAACGACGACAAAAAGAAAUCGAAGGACGACGACGACGACGAUGCAGACGAUGACGCCGGUCUCGACGAUUUCUUGUUGGACCUGGGACUCGACUCGUUGGGCGACGACGAUGACGACGACGAUGACAAAGCGCAGCCCGCCAAAAAGAAGUCUUCCACGAAAUCGAUCGGACUGGAAGACGUGAUGUUCACGGAAGACGACGACGACGACGAGGAAGAAGAGAACGUGAACCCCGACGUUACGGCUUCGAUUGAUGUCGACGACGACGACGACGACCUGGAACUCGGAUUGGACGAUGACGACGACCUGGACGAUUCCAUGGAGGUUCCACUCGAGGAUUUCGGGGACGAUGACAACGACAUGGACGCCGACAACUUCUUCGAUGACGGAGGUUUUGACUAUGGUGACGGAGACGGCGGGGGUGAUUUUGAUGGCGGCUUUGAUUAAUAUCUGUUCGGUCAACUGCAAGAAAGAGGAAUAUCGAGUACUAAUUUGGCGUUACACCAAGAUUAUCAUUACUUCUUCUCUUUCUUGCAUUUACUGUACUGGCAUGUCAUUGUCUAAGCACUUUUUGUUGCGCGACUGAUUCCGAAAAGCGAUUGCCGAAUACAAUAUAAGCUUCAAC